UGGGGCUCGGGACAGGGCUACCAUGGCGCGCCUCUUCAGCCCGCGGCCACCCCCCAGCGAAGAAGACCUCUUCUAUGAGACCUACUACAGCCUGAGCCAGCAGUACCCGCUGCUGCUGUUGCUGCUGCUGAUCGUCCUCUGCACGCUAGUGGCGCUGCUCCUCGUCGCCUGGGCCAGCGGCAGGGAGCUGACCUCAGACCUGAGCUUCCUGACCACAGUGCUAUGCGCUUUGGGUGGCUUCUCCCUGCUUCUGGGCCUAGCUUCCCGGGAGCAGCGACUCCAGCGCUGGACUCGUCCCCUGUCAGGCCUUGUGUGGGCUGCGCUGCUGGCUCUAGGACACGGUUUCCUAUUCACUGGAGGCAUAGUGAGCGCCUGGGACCAGGUGUCCUUUUUCCUCUUCAUUAUCUUCACGGUGUAUGCCAUGCUGCCCUUGGGCAUGAGGGAUGCUGCUGCUGCAGGUCUCACCUCUUCUCUCUUGCACCUGCUGGUCGUGGGGCUGUACCUUGGGCGGCAGCAGGACUCCCAUCCUUCACUGCUGCCACAGCUGGCAGCAAAUGCAGUGUUCUUCCUGUGUGGCAAUGUGGUGGGAGCAUACCACAAGGCACUGAUGGAGAGAGCAUUGCGUGCCACAUUCCGGGAGGCACUCAGUUCCCUGUAUUCUCGCCAGAGGUUGGACACGGAGAAAAAGCAUCAGGAACACCUUCUCUUAUCAAUCCUACCUGCCUACUUGGCCCGAGAGAUGAAGGCAGAGAUAAUGGCACGGCUGCAGGCUGUACAGGGGUCACGACCAGAGAGCACGAACAAUUUCCACAGCCUCUAUGUCAAGAGGCACCAGGGAGUCAGUGUACUGUAUGCUGACAUCGUGGGCUUCACGCGGCUGGCCAGCGAGUGCUCCCCUAAGGAACUGGUGCUCAUGCUCAACGAACUCUUUGGCAAAUUCGACCAGAUUGCCAAGGAACAUGAAUGCAUGCGGAUCAAGAUCCUGGGGGACUGUUACUACUGUGUCUCUGGGCUGCCCCACUCACUGCCAGACCAUGCCAUCAACUGCGUGCGCAUGGGACUGGACAUGUGUCGGGCCAUCAGGAAGCUGCGGGCGGCCACUGGUGUGGACAUCAACAUGCGUGUAGGUGUGCACUCAGGCAGUGUGCUCUGCGGAGUCAUCGGGCUGCAGAAGUGGCAGUACGACGUCUGGUCCCAUGACGUCACGCUGGCCAACCACAUGGAAGCUGGUGGUGUACCAGGACGAGUGCACAUCACAGGGGCUACCCUGGCCCUGCUGGCAGGGGCUUAUGCUGUGGAGGAUGCAGCUGUGGAAUCCCGGGACCCAUACCUUAGGGAGCUAGGGGAGCCUACAUACCUGGUCAUUGAUCCUCGGGUAAAAGACCAGGAACCCCAUGGACUACACCAUGCUAACCACCUACAGGCAAUAGGCCUGAUCUCUUCUUCUAUGUCAGGGGUUGAGUUCCUGGGUACUAGUGGAGGGCAGGGACAAAAGCCUCUAAGGGGACUGGGGAGAAAAGGGGAAAUGUCUGUGAUCUUUAUUCUCAGUCUUCCUGUGCCCCAGGCUGAGGAGGAGGAUGAGAAGGGAACUGCAGGAGGCUUACUGUCCUCUCUGGAGGGCCACAAGAUGCGCCCAUCACUACUGAUGACCCGCUAUCUGGAGUCCUGGGGUGCGGCCAAGCCUUUCGCCCACCUGAGCCACGUAGACAGUCCUGUGUCCACCUCUACCCCUCUCCCGGAGAAGGGCCUGGCUUCUUUCAGCCCCCAGUGGAGCCUGGACCGGAGCCGGACCCUCCGAGGACUAGAUGAUGAGCUGGACACUGGAGAUGCCAAGUUCUUCCAGGUCAUCGAACAGCUCAACUCACAGAAACAGUGGAAACAGUCAAAGGACUUCAACCUGCUGACACUGUACUUCCGAGAUAAGGAGAUGGAGAAACAGUACCGGCUAUCUGCCCUUCCUGCUUUCAAAUACUAUGUAGCCUGCACCUUCCUGGUUUUCCUGUCCAACUUCAUCAUCCAAAUGCUGGUGACAAACAGGCCCCCAGCUCUGGCCAUCACCUACAGCAUCACCUUCCUCCUCUUCCUUCUCCUCCUCUUCAUCUGCUUCUCAGAGUACCUGACGAGGUGUGUCCAGAAAGGUCCCAAGAUGCUGCAUUGGCUACCUGCACUGUCUAACCUGGUAGCCACACGGCCUGGACUGCGAGUAGCCCUGGGCACUGCCACCAUCCUGCUGGUCUUUACCAUGGCCAUCACUAGCCUGUUCUUCUUACCAGCAUCAUCAGACUGCCCUUUUCGGGGCCUCAAUGUAUCCUCCAUGGCUUUCAACCUCUCCUGGGAACUGCCCGGUUCCCUGCCUCUCAUCAGUGUCCCAUACUCCAUGCACUGUUGUGUGCUGGGUUUCCUCUCCUGCUCCCUCUUUCUGCACAUGAGCUUUGAACUGAAGCUGCUGCUGCUCCUUCUGUGGCUGGCAGCCUCCUGCUCCCUCUUCCUGCACUCCCACGCCUGGCUGUCUGACUGCCUCAUCGCUCGUCUUUAUCUAGGCCCCAUGGACUCCAGGCCUGGAGUGCUGAAGGAACCCAAACUGAUGGGAGCUAUUUCCUUCUUCAUCUUCUUCUUCACCCUCCUUGUCCUGGCUCGGCAGAAUGAGUAUUACUGCCGCCUGGACUUCCUGUGGAAGAAAAAGCUGAGAAAGGAGCAGGAAGAGACAGAGACAAUGGAGAACCUGACCCGGCUGCUCUUGGAGAAUGUGCUCCCUGCACAUGUGGCCCCCCAGUUCAUUGGUCAGAACCGGCGCAAUGAGGACCUCUACCACCAGUCCUAUGAGUGUGUUUGUGUGCUCUUCGCCUCAGUCCCGGACUUCAAGGAGUUUUACUCGGAAUCCAACAUCAACCACGAGGGGCUAGAGUGUCUGCGGCUACUCAAUGAAAUAAUUGCUGAUUUUGAUGAGCUGCUCUCCAAGCCCAAGUUCAGUGGGGUGGAGAAGAUCAAAACCAUUGGCAGCACCUACAUGGCAGCCACAGGCUUAAAUGCCACCUCUGGACAAGAGGCCCAACAGGAUGCUGAGCGAAGCUGCAGCCACCUUGGCACCAUGGUGGAAUUUGCAGUGGCCCUGGGGUCCAAGCUGGACGUCAUCAACAAGCAUUCAUUCAACAACUUCCGCCUGCGUGUGGGACUGAACCAUGGACCAGUAGUAGCAGGAGUGAUUGGGGCUCAGAAGCCACAAUAUGACAUCUGGGGCAACACAGUGAAUGUGGCCAGCCGCAUGGAGACUACAGGAGUCCUUGGCAAAAUCCAAGUGACUGAGGAGACAGCCCGGGCUCUGCAAUCCCUGGGCUAUACAUGCUACAGCAGGGGUGUUAUCAAGGUCAAAGGCAAAGGGCAGCUCUGCACCUACUUCCUAAACACAGACUUGACACGAUCUGGACCCCCUUCAGCCACCUGGGCUGAGACCUCUCAUCCCUUCUAAGAUCCUCAAUAAAAAGAUUCUGGAGGGCUGG